AUGUCACGAAAACCCGCGGAUGUGGCGUCUAAAACGCCCAACGAGUACAUUCCAUCCUUCAUUUCGAAAAAGCCAUUCUACGUGGAUGAUGAGACAAAUAAUGAUUACCUGGAGCAUCAACGCCUUCAGAAGGCCAUUCCUGAUCAGUCAAAAUGGUAUGAUCGAGGAAAGCGUGCGGGUCCAGCGGCCACCAAAUACCGCAAAGGCGCAUGUGAAAAUUGCGGCGCAAUGACACACAAAACCAAAGAGUGUUUGAGUCGACCCCGAAAGCACGGUGCCAAAUGGACUGGAAAGGAUAUUCAAGCAGACGAACUUCUCCAGAAGGUCGAUAUGGGGUGGGACGCCAAAAGAGACAGGUGGAACGGCUAUGAUGCCACCGAAUAUCGCCAGGUCGUCGAGGAAUAUGAAGAGAUGGAGGCCCUUAAGCGAAUGGCGAAGGAUGAUUCUAAUCUCAAGAAACUACAAGCCGGUGAAGAUGGCGAUGAAGCCCCUGAUUCGGAUAUCCGUUACGCCGAAGAAUCCGACAUGGGACGACAACAGAGUACCGCGACCCGCAACCUACGUAUUCGAGAAGAUACCGCCAAAUACUUGCUCAACUUGGACCUUGAUUCCGCCAAAUACGACCCGAAGACUCGCCGAAUGGUGGACAUGGGCGCACAAGAUGAUCAGGCCGCUGCACUUGUCGCAGAGGAGAAUUUCGUCCGUGCUUCAGGCGAUGCUGCGGAGUUCGAGAAAGCACAAAAAUAUGCGUGGGAGUCACAAGAGAAGGGUCUCACUCAACUACAUAUUCAGGCCAAUCCGACAUCUGGAGAAGUUCUCCGAAGGAAAGAGAUGGUUGAUAGUGAAGCUAAGCGUGAAGCGCAUCGCAAAGCUCUCCUAGACAAAUACGGUGGUGGAGAGUACUCAAAACCAAGUGCCCUGCGAGAGACGAUGGUCGUUGAAAAUGAGCGAUUCAUUGAAUAUGACGAAAGCGGUGCCAUCAAGGGCGCGCCCAAGAACGCAACCAAAUCCAAGUACCCGGAAGACGUGAUGAUCAACAAUCACACUUCGGUCUUCGGUAGCUGGUGGUAUCAAUUCAAAUGGGGAUAUGCGUGCUGCUAUUCCACUGUGAAGAACAGCUACUGUACAGGGGAAGAUGGAAAGAAGGCCUUUGAGGAAGAAGGCAACAUGCUGCUGAUGACUGGGGCAGUUGACGAUAAUGACAAAAAUAUGGAUCUCUCUCACGAGUCUAAACAAGCCGAUGGCAAGGAGCAAGAGCAGGAUUCCAGUGCCAAUGGGAAAAAGCGGACGCUGGAAGAAUUGAAGUCAGGCGUUACAGAGGAGGAAUUUGAAUCAUACAAGCGGAGCCGUUUGGCUGCCGAUGAUCCUAUGGCGAACUUCAUAGGGAAAUAUUGA